AUGAAUUACACUACCCUGACCACUGAACUUAUCAUCCAUAUUUGUGACCACCUGGAACUAGCCGACUGGUGCGCUGUUCGGCUUACCUGCAAGACACUCUUCCUCCGCACGUGGGCAGCCUUCGCGGACUCUAACUUCCAGACUGUUUGUGUUCUGAUCACAAGUCAGAGUCUGAGCCGCUUGGCGGCCGUGGCUGCCGAUGAGAAUCUUCGCACACGACUGGAGAAAAAGCAUGGUCUCGCGAAAAAUGAAAUGCGACCACUAUGGGGGAAUUCUUUCGCUGCAAGUUGUUACGCGGAGGGAUCCAGGAGCGACACUGAGCUCUCUAACCGUUUCACCGCCUACCAGUCGAUUGUUGCAGAUCACUGUCACGUAUUGAGCACGGGGACCUUUACAAGCACCCUUUGUGGGUUGCUCGCCUGCUUCAACAAUCUGGACAGUAUCGGGCUAAGGUCCUGUCCCAUAUGGACCCUGCUCGAUUCGACUCAGCCAGCGAGUUUCCCCUGUUUUGGGGUACGCCAACUUCGGCAUCAGCUGCCCUGUCACAGGACGACUGCUUCCUCUGCGUACCUGGGGCAGGAGAAGCAAAGAAUGGGAUAUAAACAUGCGAGUGUUUUCUCCGCCGUGGUAAACACAAUUAUCACCGAACAGCGAAAGCUGCGGAGACUCAAGACGUGCGAUGAUCAUCACUGCGGCGUGGCAGCACAGGAGCUGACAAUCCUAUGGACGGAGACGACGACACCGGAGUACAAGCGAUUCCUAGCCCUCUUACCGAGUCUCGAAACCCUGCACUUGUGCCUCUCUGGCACGAAUAAGUCGUUCACCCACUGUCUUAAGGAAGAUUGCCUGCGGCAUACGGUAGAGAUGGUGGUGACCGCCGCCCCCAGCUUGCGGAGCCUUGCUUUGUCGCUCUGCUACAACCCGAGCGAGCGCCUGCCGGCUCAAGUGUUCUCCCAGCUCGCGCCCCGCGUCCACUUCACACGGCUGAUGAAGCUGGACUUGCACGACGUUGAUACUACCCACGGUGACCUGCAAGCGUUCCUCCGCUCCGCUGCCACUACCUUGCAGCGUCUUACCUUAUCUUCAGUAAAUCUAGUUGAACCCAUCACCCCCGCCGCUCCUUGGAAUCCUGAGCCUCAUUCUACUGGGAAGCAGCAGUGGAUUCUUGAUUGCAGGGUAGAGAUCGUGCGCCGGUGGCGGGCAGUCUGGGCGAGCCUUCACGACGAUAUGCCCCGGCUUCGAUACCUCUGCCUGCAGGACUUGUUAUUCCAUGGCCAUGGAGUCAAGUUGAGCGAUCCCCUUUGCUCGCUGAGUGAGACGGCACCGCAGAAAUUGCCUACCAGGUGCACGCAGAGACGGCAGAGAUGCCCUGUGAGCACUGUCGUCUUUGAGGCCGACAAUGCGCAAAUCUCGCUGAACGCAUGGAUUCGCGAGUUAAAGGUAAGCCCGUCCGAGCCAAUGCGUAAACUAAUGUUCCAAAGGAUUCUUCCGGCUGCCCUGGCGGCGGGAGGAGCGGACUUCGCGGCCCAUUCUUUAUGCCUCGACGGCCUGUUUCCGGCGGGCGAGUGGUGGAUGGAAUGAGCUCAGGUCGAGGUUCAGGUCAAGGGAAUCAUAGAUCGUAAUUUACCGCCUCGAGUUUGAGAUUUACCAUCGUUCCGUUGAAUUUCGUUGAGUUGUAAAAGAGAAACCC